CUCGUGUGUGCCCACGUUUUCUGGAGUGUACGAUACGACAACGGCCAGCAAUUUCACGCGUCUAACCGAGUUCCAAUUUCUCUUGGCAAAGAUGUACUGAAAUUCUGCUAGGAGAAGCGUCUUCGACAAUCGGAUAUCGGCGAGAACACUCACCACCUUUCGGCCAUCACGAUGCCAGGAACGUGCUCGAUGACCGAUGCGGUCAGGAUCGUCGACAGUUAGUGAUGAGGAGGAGCGGCUUGUCGGCGUGCCGAUGGCUCAGGUCACCAGCAACAUGCCAGUUCUCCAACCCAGACCAGAUCCGGCUCCUCUUCGAGCACUUCUAAUCGGUGUUUUCCUUCUCCUCAUCCUGCCACGGUGUCACUGUUUCGACUUAGGACAAUGUACCGCAGCACUGGGUAUGGAGAAUGGCGAAAUCCCCGAUGAAGAUAUAUCGGCCAGUUCUAUGUACGAUCCUAGCCUUGGCCCGAAGCAUGCCAGGCUGAGACAAGACAAGGGUGGCGGUGCCUGGUGCCCGAAAAAUAUGGUCACGAAAGAGGGCAAAGAGUACCUUGAGGUGAAUCUACACAACCCUCGUAUACUGACGUCCACCAAGACCCAGGGAAGAUUCGGUAACGGUCACGGGGUCGAGUACACCGAGGAGUACUUCGUCGAAUAUUGGCGACCAGGGUUCAACAAGUGGGUGCGAUGGAGAAAUCGACGUGGCAUGGAGCUUUUGGCGGGUAAUAAUAAUCCAUACUCGGAGAAGGAACAAGUUUUUGAUCCGGCCAUCGUGGCUACGAAGAUCCGUUUCAUCCCUUACACUUCCCAUAUGCGUAUGGUGUGCAUAAGGGUGGAGCUUUAUGGAUGCCUAUGGACCGAGGGCCUGGUGUCGUACUCGAUGCCCCAAGGAAUUAAAAGGGGCUCGGAGGUUGACCUUUCCGACAGGACGUACGACGGUAAGGAAGAAGGAGGUUACCUCUCCGGAGGACUCGGUCAACUUGUCGACGGGCAAAAGGGUCCUGACAACUUCAGAUUGGACGUGAGCGGUAACGGGAAAGGUUACGAAUGGGUCGGCUGGAGAAACGACACACCCAGCAUGCUAGGACGUCCUGUGGAAAUCACGUUCGAGUUUGAUUACUCAAGAAAUUUCACUGCCAUUCACUUGCAUAUGAACAAUUUCUUCACAAAGGAUGUGCAGGUCUUUUCUUACGCGAAAGUCUAUCUCGGAGCCGGUGCAAACCAAUUCAAUGGCGAACCUGUUCAUUUCUCCUACAUACCAGAUCUGGUGCUGGAACAGGCGCGUGACGUUACCAUAAAGCUUCAUUCACGUGCUGGCCGCUUUCUGAAGCUCCAGUUGUAUUUUGCCGCACGUUGGAUCAUGCUCAGCGAGGUAAUCUUCGAAUCAGUGAUCUCGGAAUGGAACAACACCGAGGAUGAAGAGGCGAGGAACAAGAGUGCCAUUGUAUCAGCUACCGGCAGUCCCUAUCAGAAUAACGAGGGUCCGCUACAGAGGGAUGAAGUGAAGGCCACUUUUAAUAAGGAGGAAAACAACGAUAAUGCCCUUCCAGAUAAGAGCAAGGAGCCCGAAUCAAAGCAAUUCGUCGGUCUGGUAAUCGGGAUCCUAACAACGGUGAUCGUAAUGCUAUUGGCGGCAAUCAUGUUCAUUUUCUACCGAAAUCGAAGGCUGAAGGCUGCCCUCGCACCAUCCACGUUCUACGAUCAACACGGUGAUUUAAAGGUCUCCGUGCAGGAGGAGGGCGAGGACAAGGGACCAAUUUGCCCUCCACUUCCGGCGCAGUACCACCCCGCCGCCUACACCACGACGACACCGCAACUACACAAAACUAUCACGGAUUACAGUGGGAUCACCGAGGUGCAGCCGGUUAUUCCGCUGUUGCUGAACACGGCGAUCAAUCUUACCAGACCGAUUCCGCCGGUUCAAGAAUAUCCAUCUAAUCCACCGCCUAUACCACCGCCGCCGGAAAAGUAUUACGCCAGCACGGAGAUCUGUAAGAAUUCUUUGCCACCGUUGCCGCCAUCUCCAACGCCGAGCACGCCGCCGCCAAUGAGCGCGAAAGCCUCCAGCAGCAUGACAAGCUACAGUCCCGAGGAUAUGCUUACGGAGGAGGAGGACGAGGUGCCCGAGUGCAUCUUAGACUUCCCCCGGGAGAAACUGAACAUCGUUGAAAACCUCGGUUGCGGAUACUUCGGCGACGUUCACGUUUGCGAGAUCGACAGGUUUCCUGGUUACGAUGAAGUUUUCCGGAACACCAGCAGCGAUCUCGUGAUCGUUAAGUCCUUGAGACCUGGCUCUUCGGAUGCGCUUAGGAUAGAGUUUCAACAGGAAGCAAAAAGAGUGGCUCGACUAGCCGAUCGGAAUGUUGCGCGGCUACUGGGCGCGAGCCUCGAAGACGACCCCAUGUGCAUCGUAUUGGAAAACGGCGAGUACGGGGAUUUGAAUCAAUACCUGCAGAGUCACAUCGCUGAAACAUCCACUGUACACACGGCUAAGACCCUCAGUUUCGGCACGUUGGUUUACAUGGCCACGCAAAUAGCAUCCGGCAUGAAACACCUCGAGGAAAUGGACUUCGUGCAUCGGGAUCUCGCCACAAGAAACUGCUUGGUGAGCCGUGGGUAUACGGUGAAAGUGUCGGAUCUGGGCUCCGGAAGGAAUGCCUACGCGGCUGACUACUUCCGGGUCGAGGGUCGACCUCCGCUGCCAAUUCGCUGGAUGGCCUGGGAAUCCAUGCUGAUGGGAAGACACACGACGAAAAGCGACGUUUGGUCCUUCGCCGUGACUCUAUGGGAGAUUUUAACAUUCGCAAGGGAACAACCAUUCGAGGAACUACCCGACCAUCGCAUAGUUGAGAACGCUACCUAUUUUUACCAAGAGGACGAUAGAAGGAUUAUUCUACCGUUGCCGAAGAACUGUCCCAAAGACAUCUACGAGCUGAUGCGGGAGUGUUGGCACAGAAAUGACGUGGAUCGUCCGAAUUUCCGUGAGAUUCACAUGUUCCUUCAACGAAAAAAUCUCGGCUAUAAACACGCGGACACGAACGACACUUGAUACAGAGAACUAGAAGGCUGGAAUUUAAUCCGGCUUUCUAUGAUCGGCGAAUUGAAUGGAAACUGGUGGAACUGCCCUUCGACGACCAAGCUGCACCAGGUCAGACCAAGUUAGUACCAGGACGAUCCAUCGGAUUCGAAAUCAUCCGCAUCGAAGGUAAAUCAUUGAUCAGCUGAUCAAAUCGUUCUUCGCAUAAUUUCAUUUAUAAUUCAAACAACCAUGAAUCAUAGAAACGCUACAUCAAUGUUCGUAACUAAUUAAUUUAUCAUCGACGUGCUCAUUAACGUAAUGAUCGAAUUCCUUUGGAGAUUUAAGUGUUCUUGAUAUACAUACGUACAAGAGUCGACUGUUUUCACAGCGUUGAUCAGUAAAUGUAAUCAUUGCGAAUCCGCGACGGAAUGAACGCGAAACAAACGAACAAUUUCCGAAUCGUGGGAUUCGAAAUUGCAACGUUCCUAUCGUGGGCCAAUAGACAGGAAGCACGUUCGAUAGAUCGCGCUCACGCCGCUAUGAAAUUGAUACUGUCAGCAAACAAGCUUAUGAUACUCGCGUCACGUUCAGAAUACACGUGGCUUGAACUUGGAAAAUCGUGGAAGAUACAACAACGUUUUCAUCGUGGCGAUUCUUCUCGACGGUGAACGCGAUUCGUGUCAAAGAAUUGCCUUGAAACGAUAUUACAGAUCGUCCAGAUGACUAAUCGAAUUUAUCGACGAAUUUUCAUAUCCUCUUUGAAAGAAUUUUUCGACCCUACAUCCAGAUAAUCGAUAAGGUAUCCCAAAUAGUCAAUAUUUCAUUGCACAAUGGGGUGCACUUUUUUUGUACACUAAAUUCUGCAUUUCGAGGACAACAAAUUUUAUGUUGAAUCUUUUUUCCAUUUUCUCGAGAUUCUAUCGUAUUAUCUGUCCAAUUUAUUUCGAAGUGAUUGGAACCGUGAAGAACACGAUUUAUGAUUUUCAUUUUAAUUAGCCAUCGUUGUCAAUGGGGAUACCGGAAGUUAUAUUAAAGUUGAACGCUGGAUGCGUCGCGAUGCAAAGUCUUGAACCAAUUGAUCGCGAAGAAGGAUAAAAAACAAGGGUGGGUAAAGAAAAAAAAAGGAGAAGUCUCCUCGAGCCAGUGGCUUGCAUUAAGUUUCCUGAAGCUACUAAUAAGCUUAAAAUGCGCUUAGCCGAAGUGCAUAAAUGUUUGACAAUACCACUAGAGGUUGCAAGUAUAAGAGUUCGUACAUAUAUAUAUAUAUAUAUAUACAAAUUAUAUAUAGCGUGUAAAGAAAUGUUAACGGUGAUUAACCGAUAGCGUAAAUUUAUUAGAGACCACGUUCUUAAGGCUUGCAUUAAAACCUCCUUUGGCUCGCAGUUCGAUAGAUCGAUUGGUGGAAAACCUUGGUCGAUGGAUCUUGUGGAUCGAGUUCGACCAAACCACCGGUCGAUUGUAUCGCGAUUCUCCGAACAAGGGAUGGAAAUAAGGGAUGAGGGAAGCUCGUGUGACCUGAAGUUACGUUUAUAGGAGAGAAUAGAACACGGUCCAUUUACCCGAUGAAUAUUCUUGUUUGCCUUUUUUUUUCGACAGGAAUUUUUGAUCUCUAUUCUCCACUUAGUGAGCGAUGGUCUGUGGACGGUUUUUGUUUAAAUAAUUGAACAUCGGGGGUUGGUUGCCAUCGGCGUUAUUUGCAGGCUUUGAUAAAAUAUUAGAUACAUCAACUGCGCAAACGAAGAUGGAACCAUUUUGUUUUUGGAAAAAUUCAUUUUGAAAAUAUUUAAAUUCUUAAUAUUGGAGAUAUAAUAAUUAAUUGAAAUUUUUUAAAAUAUUCUUAUGCUAUUCUUAUUAAUUAUGGAACAGCCAGGGUGUCUGAUCAAUAGCGGACUUGUUCCACUUGUUUCACUUGUUUAUUUGUGUCUGUAACACAACAGCGUUUUUUUGCCCAUAGAUUUUUUUAUCGAGCGAUGAGGAGAAAAAUGUAGCUUAAUAAAAAAGGAAAAACAGGAUAAUCGAUAAUCUGAAGCUGUAGUAGGAGUUUAUUGGGUACGGGACCGUGGUCAGCGAGGAACAAUGAAAAAUUUAUGAUUGUUAGAAUGAAUGGAUAAACGAUGAUAAUAAAAAAGAUGAGAAAGGUAAAACGAUGGCGCUAGAUGUUAGAUCGCACGAUAAAUCGAUGCGUUGUUCUGAGAUUUGAAAUGUUACAUGUAAAUUGCAAUGUAAAUUACUGGAAGAAGUUCUACGAAAAAAAAUAGCAUUCUUUAAUUUAUUUCCAUUUAUCGUAUUAAAUAUCAACUUCGAUUAGCAUACAUUAUAAAAGUUUCCAAAUAUAAUUUUUCCAAUAAUCCUAUUUUCGAUACGUAUAAAAAGAAAUCUAAAAUUACAGAAUCCAUUGAGUUCAUAAAAUAUUCAUGAUCAAUGACAGUAAUUCUUUCGUAGAACUACUUUUGGUCGCGAGCUGAGAAAUUGAAUCGAGAGGUUUCAUUUUGCAUAUGAAAAGUCUAUGAUAUUGUCUAUGACAUGACGUUGGUAAUUUAAUAUAUGAUAUUAAAGUUAAGAGCGACUUACGAUAAGAAAUACUGCCACUCUAUUAGGAAAACCUCUAUUAUAUCAAGCAACAGAACUUCUUUGUAUCCCUUUCCCUUCGACACGACGACAGGACGAUAAAACUCGCGUUAAUUUGAUAGCGUAAUCGAGGUGAGCAUUGAGAAUCCCAUGGUAACAAUAAACAGGAACAAUAAAGAGAAGAAGAAAAAAGAAGAAGAAGGGUAGAUGGUGAAAAGAAAUCAAGAUCGAUCGCACAAAAGUCGACCAGUCGUCCGAGCUUAACGAGAUGGAUCGAUGGGAAAUUUUAAUCGACUUCGUGGAUCGUCUUCUGUGCGAUCGAAAUGCGCGCACAGUCCUUCCUACAAAUUGAAUAAAAAAAAAAAAGAAAAAGAUAAAAUUAAAUUCAAACGAAUGAAUUUUCAAGAAACACUUCUCUUCUGUGUACCGGUUCGAUCAUCUUUCGCAAUUAAUUUCUCGUUUAUUCGAAUUUAUUUGAAUUCGUGAAUGCUUCUCGUUCAAUUUAUGGGACGUGGAAAAAGUGGUCUCCUUUCGAGCGAUUAAUUAUCGGAAUUGAAAUUAUCGACCGUGCGGCGAAAGCGGAUUUGUUAAUUAAGAAUCGUUGUAUUUCAGUCACUCACAUAUCGUUCGUUCUUAUCGACGUUGUGACACAUAUCUGAACAUAUCGUUACUUGUCAAUGGUAUAAGAAUAAUGAUACGCUAAAUUUAUUAAAAAUAGGAUUGUUUCCUCCUGAAAACUUUCAGCAAUUUUUCCAUUGCUAUUCAGUACUGAUUUCUUUAGGUUUUUAUAAAAUUUUAGUAGGUGUU